GCGCUUUAAUGACGUCACUGGAGUGAGACAGCAGUGCAGCUGUGUUUGUCCGCUGUUAGUUUAGUUUUCCUGAAUUGUGUCGUUCGUCUGACAUUUCCCUGAAGAUAUUCUUUAGACGUAGUCACUUUUUCAGCUGAAACAAAAUGACGUUGCAGUGGACGGCGGUCGCUUCCUUCCUGUAUGUGGAAAUUGGUGUUCUUGUCAUCUUCUGUCUACCUUUUGUCUCUCCACAAAGAUGGCAGAGGAUUUUCAAAUGGAGCAUCUGGAACCGUCUUUCCCAGUUCUGGAACAAGGGCUUUCUCACCAUGAUAGUAAUCCUCAUUGUUCUCUUUCUUGACGCCCUGCGUGAGGUGAGGAAGUACUCGAACGCCGACCAGACCAAAGAUGCCAAACUGCACCCCAACAUGUUCGACCACAUGCACAUGAAGCUCUUCCGAGCCCAGAGGAACCUCUACAUCUCUGGCUUCUCGCUCUUCCUGUGGCUUGUCAUGAGGAGAGUCAUCACUCUGAUUAACCAGUUGGCCGUGGCCCUCGGCACCAGUGUUGCUCUGCAGACUCAGGCUGAAAGCGCCAACAAAGCUGCCAAGAAAUACAUGGAGGACAAUGAGUUGCUCAAACAGGCACUGGGCGAUCCUAAAGGAGAAGGAGGGAAGAAACAAGAUACAGAAGAGAACAAACUCCUGAAGAAAGAGGUGCAGAGACUGACGGAGGAGCUUCAGAGCAGAACAGACGCUCUGAAAAAGUCCAAGUCGGAUUUAGACGCCAUGAAGAAACAAACUGAAGGACUAACCAAAGAAUACGACCGUCUCCUUCAAGAGCACCAGGAGCUUCAGAAUCAGCUGGACAAUGAAGACAAAAAGGAUAACUAGGCAAAGGGACACAAUGGAAACCUGUAUGAUAAUCACUCACCUGGUAGCAUGACAUCACCUCCUGUCAGGUUACCUGCUCGCCACACAUUUGUAGUAGCGGUUUGGCUUUGAUACACAUCUUCGUUUUGAUGUUUUGAUGCGGGGCAGUGCCGUUUUUUUGAAGAUCGUCUCCAAAAAACUGUAUAGUCUGUAUAACUGUGUAGUCUGAUGUUUGCAUGUUGCAUUGCUUUACCUCAUGUUGCUUUCAUUCGCCUCUGCUUGAUUCUCUCCCUCGUUUCAUUUCAAAGUGCAUAUCGAUCCAGGCUGUCGUGCAACAUCCAGAAACUUCCCACAAACAAACUUGCAAAGUUGAGUCAUAGUAUCUGUAAUAUCAGGAAAACUUCAAGCAUAUUUUCACAGCAUAUCACCAACAGAAACUAGUCCGUUGACACAAUCCAUCAGGUUGCACGUGGAACAUACAUUAGAGGCUGCAGUAGUCAUUUAAAUCAACUUUAAUUAAGAAUAAUAAAACCGUGUACACAUAAACAACAGAAAAUAAUAAGUAAACGCGUCACAGGGCAGAGCAAACAGUCUGGUAGUGAGCGGUUAGUGUGUUUGUUCUGGAGUCUGGAGACGAGAGGUAGGUCAGUUACACCUGAGUUCAGUCACUGUUAGUUGUUAAACAAAUGCAGACACCACAGAAAAAAGAUUUCCCAGUCCAAUAGCGACAUCCGUCAUUUUGAGAAAUUUGAGGUAGCUGUUUCUGUGCUAUUGAUACAAUUAAAUCUCACAAAACAUGUCUAGGCCACAUUUCACCACAAAAUUAAACCAUUUAAAAAAACAACAUUUUAAUUAUGUCUCAAUUAAGCACAUUUUCCCUUCAGUUAAGUAAAAGAUUAUGUAAUACUCACAAACAAAUGCCCAGAUGCAUUACAGUAGAAUUAAUUUCUUCAUGCGAAUUAUAACUUGCGAUUUAGAUUUUAGGAGUAAAUCUGAACUGGACAUGUUUUUUGUGGUUUACUCUGUUUUUGAUGAAGUCUGAUUGUUCACCUAUUCUCCAACAUUUAGACUUAUGGGAAGAUUAAAAGACCGAAAAUUACCCAGCGCUGUGAGGCAUUAAAAAAAA